UUCAUUUAUUUGCAUUUUCUGAUCAUUGGCGAGUCAAAUGAUAAACAGCCUUGGUAAAAUCCAAUUUUGAUGAACCAAACUAGAAAAAUUUAGGAAUAAAAUUGCCAAUUAUACUGCGGAGAAUGGGUUGUCAAACACAUGUUAAGCUUUCCAUGUAAAAUAAUGUGUAUGAAAAUCUAGGGUACGUGAGCCAAUCAUUUUUCCCUGCAAAAUACAACCCUGAUUUGAAUGUGAAGGGUAGCUUUUACCCAGCUUGUUGUGUUGUUGGUAUGCAUAAUUCUAAAUAGAUUUGGGUCCCCCCUACGCACUCUCCAUUACUGAGUCUGUGCCAGUGUUGACAGCGUCUAUGAAAUCGGGAAGACAAACCCAAAACAAGGAUGAGUGAAGAGCUUCUUUCUUUUUCCCUCACUUUUUUCUAUCACGAAAGAGAAGAUCUCCUUUUCCUGCCCCUCUCACGUGCACCGUAUCUUUCUUUCUAGGUCCAAAGUCCCUCCCUAACUCCAUCUUAACAUCUCUUAAUUAAUCCACUCUCUCUCCCUCUAGUUUCCAAUAUUUCAAGUCACAUUGUUCGGAGGUGUGGAUUGUGCAGAUUGUACAGAAAUGGCUCUUGAAACCCUUUCUUCCAACGAGUUCUUGAACUUCAUUAUCUAUGAUACUAUAUGUGCAACACCUUAUAGCAGCCAUGACUCUUUUGUGACUAAUUUCUCAUUGGAAAAUAGUUUCAGUUCCCAAGAACAAGCUAGUAGUGCUUUGAAUUGCUUUUCAAUGGUGACUCCUCCACAAUGCCGCUCAAAAGGAGCGGAAGCUGUUGACCGGAGGCCGAACUUGACAGUUCAAGGGAGGAAUAAGAGAAGGAGAAAGCCAAGGGUUUGCAAGAACAAAGAAGAGGCUGAGACACAAAGAAUGACUCACAUUGCUGUUGAGAGAAACAGGCGAAAGCAAAUGAAUGAGCAUCUGUCUGUUUUACGCUCCCUCAUGCCUGAAUCUUAUGUCCAAAGGGGUGAUCAAGCGUCUAUAGUUGGCGGUGCUAUAGAGUUUGUCAAGGAACUUGAGCAUCUUCUGCAAACCCUUGAAGCUCAAAAGCUUCGAGUGCUGCAACAAGUACCAGCUGCUGCCAAUGAAGAAACCACCAACUCCAAAUUGUUAUCACCACCAUUUGCACAAUUUUUUAUGUAUCCUCAGUACACCUGCUCUCAGAUCCCUAACAAAUAUACAUCAAAGACUAUGGCAUCAACAGCGGAUAUUGAGGUGACAUUGAUUGAAACUCAUGCUAAUCUUCGAAUUCUCUCACGAAAAGGUCCCAGGCUGCUUUCCAAGCUUGUUGCUGGUUUUCAGUCACUUUACCUUUUCAUCCUCCACCUUAAUGUCACAACCAUGGAUCCAUUAGUUCUCUACUCUAUCAGUGCCAAGGUAAUAUUUGCCCUUUUUUCCCCACCGCCUUCAUCUUUCUUUUUUAAGAAAAAUAUCCCCCCACCCCCACACCAAUACUCAUGGCAUAACAAUAUAAUAACAUGCAUGCAUGUAGAACCUUUGAACAUUGUUAUUCUAUUAGAGAUGCUAGUCUUCAAUUAUUGUCAUAUGGGGGUAGCGGGCAGAUACUAUCUUUUCCUCUCCUAUACUUUGUCUUUCCCUUGGAAGGGCAAAAUGUCAUUUUCCAUAAUUUAAGAAAAAUCAAAUAAAAUUUAGACGACCUUUUGAAGUUAUAGUGGUAAUGGCCUUAAAUAAUUUUCUUAUGUGAAAAAUGGCAAGAAGAUCGUUUUUUUCUCAUUUAUUAU